AUGCGGGAUCGACUAUGCGAGCCAGUAUACAUCAAACCAGCCCACAAGCGUGCCGCACCCACAAAGGCAUACAUCUGCGUCUUCGUUUGUUUCUGCACGAAAGCUGUCCACCUUGAGUUGGCCAGUGACCUGUCGACGCAAGCUUUCCUAUGUGCUCUACGUCGCUUCAUCGCUCGCCGUGGCCGACCGUCGGACAUUUAUUCCGAUAACGGCAAAAACUUUGAGGGAGCAGCCAACGAACUUGGAGAAGUGUAUCGGAUGCUGAGAAAUGAGAACGAGAGGGAGUUAAUCAGAUCAUCAGAAACCAGCGAGGAAAUCAACUGGCACUUCAGCCCACCAAAGGCACCACAUUUCGGAGGACUGUGGGAGGCGGCAGUGAAAGUGGCGAAACGACAGCUAGGAAAUUCGAGACUUUCCUUUGAACACCUAACAACAAUCCUCACUCAAAUCGAAGCGAGCAUGAACUCGCGUCCUCUCGUUCCUUGA